GUGCACUCGCCGGCCUGGGCGCCUCUCCAGCGUCCUAUAUGGCUGAUGAGACGCCAUGGGACGUUGGAGCGAUGCGGUGUCUCCCGUGCGCGACGGCGAGGUGAGGAGAACGCCCAAGGGCAGCUUGACCGGCCUCUUAAAGCAAUCCGUUGCAGGCCUUGUGGGUCAGUCCCAGGAUCCAAGCUCUCCGGGCAAGGGUAAGAGGCUCUCCUGGUUCGGCCUGGGGACCCGCCGGUCACCUGCACCGGAGGAAGAUGCAGGCCCCUCUGAUGGUGACAUCGAAGGUGGUGCCCGUGGUUCCCGCGGCCGCGGAUCCGAGAGCAGCACAACAGCUGCCGGCGCGCCGGCCAUGCCAGGCUCGACGGCCGAGGAGUUUGCUGUGGCCAGCCAGUUGCUUGAAGGCUUGUACGGCAAGCGGCUUGAAGCCAGCAAGGCCAUGGAAAUUCUGAGCACGGUACCGGAGAUCAGCUGGUUAGUGGAGUGCUACUGCAUGACACCAGCACAGCCGGGCUGGCGCAAGAGCAAAACAGCUCCAGGGGAUGUCCCACUCUAUGCGGAUGAAGCCAGUGGCAAAGUCUAUGAGGCAAUGCCCUGCAUUAGGCAUUACAUGCGCAUGGCGGAGCUGUCCCUGACGGCCCGGAAUCUGCCGGAGAAAGCGGAUGCCGCCGCUGCGCAGCUCCAUCAUUAUGUACAGUCGUUGCAUAAGGAAGUGAAAACUGCCGAGGCUGCCUGGACUGGUCCACAUGAGGAUUCCGAGAGCCAAGG